AUGGAUUUCAGUGAGUUGAAAAAAACGAUUGAGGAGAUGGAAAUUGUGGAUGGUCAUGCUCACAACUUAGUUGCACUUGACUCCAACUUUGCUUUCAUCCAUGCUUUUUCUCUUGCUCAUGGUGAUGCUCUUGCUUCAACACAGCACUCUCAAUCCUUCAAGAGAAAUCUAAGAGAUAUAGCUGAAUUGUAUGGAUGCGACUCAACUUUGGAAGCUGUUGAACAACACAGAAGAGUUUCUGGAUUGGAAUCUAUUACCUCAACAUGCUUCAAAGCUGCAAGAAUCUCUACAGUGAUCUUCGAUGAUGGAAUUGAUUUGGACAAAAUAAUCGAUACUGAAUGGCACAAGACUUUUACUCCUCAUGUUGCUACACUCGUAAGAGUUGAACGCCUUGCUGAGAAAAUCCUCAAUCAAGGUUUGCCAGAUGGAUCUUCUUGGACACUGGAAUCAUUCACUACUGCAUUUCUAUCCAAGUUGGAAUCAGUUGCUGGUGAGAUAGUUGGUUUAAAAAGCAUAGCAGCAUACUACUUUGGUUUAGAUAUCAAUAUAAAUGUCACUAAAAAGGAAGCUGAAGAGGCUUUGCAACAGGUGUUAGCAGUUUGGAAGCCUGUCUUGGUAGCAAACAAGAACCUGGUUGAUUACAUCUUCUUGCUAAGUUUAGAAUUUGCUCAAUCACAUGACUUGCCAAUGCAGAUACACACAGGAUUUGGAGAUAGAGGUUUGAAUCUGAGAAUGUCGAAUCCUCUUUAUCUCCACAAUGUUCUUGAGGACAAGAGAUUCGCAAAGUGCAGGAUUGUUCUUUUACAUACAUCAUAUCCGUUCUCAAAGGAAGCAUCAUAUCUAGCUUCUCUCUACUCCCAGGUUUACCUUGAUUUUGGGUUGGCUAUUCCAAAGCUUAGUGUACAUGGCAUGGUUUCUGCAGUCAAAGAUCUUUUAGAGCAGGCACCAUUAAAUAAGGUGAUGUUUAGUACUGAUGCUUAUGCAUUUCCCGAACUCUUCUACUUAGGUGCGAAAAAUGCUCGCAAAGUUGUUUUCACUGUUCUGUGUGACUCGUGCAUUGACGGCGAUCUCACUGUUCCGGAGGCUGUGGAAGCUGCAAAAGACCUCUUUGCACGAAAUUCAAUCAAUUUCUACAAGAUUACAAGUUAA